AUGUGCAAAAACCGCGGAUACCGUGAGAAAGUUAUCCGCGGAUGUGGUAUCCGUGGGAAUUUGUCAACCGCGCGGGAAGAACCCGUAAUUUAUCGAACCUUUUACCAUAGCAGUACAAGGAAGCUCGAGAAGCCUGAGUCGAAGUUCUGCCCUGCGUCUACAACCGGUUACGUGAGCGCGGGAAGUGUCGUACCAAGGGUAAACCAGCCGAUCAGACGCUUCCAUAACCCGACAGCGAUGGCGAAGGCAAGUCCGCAAGACACCCCAGUUCUAGAACGACUGCUGCUUAUUGUUAAACGCUAA